ACAACUAAAAAGGGACAAGGUGCAAAAUAUAGAAAGAAGAUAUACUUCGCGCGGCAAGACGCGACUUACACCUGAAACAGCAAUUGCGCAGCCAGUGGCAGCAAAUAAAGCCAAACACGGGAAAGUGAGCGCUAAACAGCCGGAAACAGCAGAUACGGAUAUGGAGCGUCGCUAUUUGAAGAAUCCCUUUCCCGAUUUUAUGGGCGGCGAGAGUACGCCCUUUGCCAGCGAUGAGGAACACAUUAAAACACUCAUUUGUACCUAUGUAGAUGCCAUAUUGGAGCACUGCCAUCCCUAUAACGAUGAGGAAGACAAUCGUGGUGACUUGUAUGUGGGCAAUGCUGGCAUUGCAUUUAUGUUCUGGAAACUUAAUAGCUGCGAACAGACACGCGAUCUCUAUCCAGCUCUCGAGCACGCAGCCGCCUUUAUUCGCAAUGCCAAGGUAAAUGCCAAACGCUAUAAGAAACGCUCCGCCGAACGUUAUUCGUUUCUAUGCGGCAAUGCUGGCAUCUAUGCUGUAUCCGCGGCCAUUUCUCAAGCUUUGAAGGACACCGAAGAGCUGUCCGUGGAUUUGUCGAAUUUCAAGUCAGGCAUACCCUCUAGCAAGGAGUUCAUGCACACUAAAUAUGGCUGUGAUGAGGUGCUUGUGGGCCGUGCGGGGUAUCUAUCUGGCUGUUAUUGGCUCAAUGAUGUACUGCCCGAGAAGAAAAUCACCAACGACGAUCUCGUUUCCAUAUGCCAGCUGAUCAUUAGCAGCGGACGUGAGUACAGUAAGCUCAACAACUCACCGCUACCGCUUAUGUAUCAGUACCAUGGUACGGAAUAUCUAGGCGCCGCUCAUGGACUAUGUGCCAUAUUGCACAUGCUGCUGGACAGUCCUUGGUUUCGCACUGUCCCCAUCUCAGCGCCCGCUGCCGAGCUGCGUGACAUCAAACGAUCCAUAGAUUUUUUGCUGGGACUGCAGGACAGCGAGGGCAAUUUUCCGGUGGCUCUAGAAGAUUUGCGCUCUGGCCGUGACAAGCGCUUGGUACAUUGGUGCCAUGGCGCACCCGGUGCUGUCUAUGUGCUGGCCAAAGCCUAUUUGAUAUUCAAAGAGGACAAGUAUCUAAUUGCUUUGCGUCGUGCCGCUGAUCUUGUCUGGAAGAAAGGAUUUCUGCGCAAGGGGCCAGGCAUUUGCCAUGGCGUCGCCGGCAAUGGUUACGUCUUUCUGCUGCUCUUCCGCUUGACUAACGAAAUGAAGUACCUGUAUCGUGCGCACAAAUUCAUGGAACUGCUCACGAACUCGGAGUUCAAGCAGCGAGCGCGUGUGCCCGAUCGCCCACAUAGUCUAUAUGAGGGCGUGGCAGGCACCGUCUGCUUUCUAGUCGACCUCCUUGAACCGGAGCAAGCUCACUUCCCCUUCAUGGAUGUAUUCCACUAAAUAACCACAACUCCACCCUCCUCCACGCCCUUUCCCUAUCCUCGCCAACCACCACUCCCACCAUGUAAACAAUGAGGGAGGUUUUUUAAAUUGUUUUCUGGUCAGCAUCGUAUGCGCUCACACAAGUUUCCUCAUGUUUCUUUUUCUCUAUUGUUUUCAACUGCAUAAUGCAUUGGCUUUUGUGUUUUUACCAAUCACAGAUCUCAGAUCCCCUAGCCUAGGCGUUUAAGCAAAUGCGUGCUUGGGCGCCAAUCAACAAGCAGCAUUCUCUCAUAUCAAAAAUUCUCUGUGCUUUAAGCUACAUAAUUAAAUCAUAAUAUUAUUCAUACAUA